UUUCAGAUGCUCUUUAUCGGACUUCUUGGGCUCUUCAUAGCUCCUGGUUUUGCUGAAUAUAAUAUCAAUGUCAAUGAUGACAACAAUGUUGCUGGAAGUGGGCAGCAGUCUGUGAGCAUCAAUAACCAACACAAAGUGGCCAAUGUUGAUAACAACAAUGGAUGGGACUCCUGGAACUCCCUCUGGGAUUAUGAAAAUGGCUUUGCUGCUACCAGACUCUUUGCCAAGAAGUCAUGCAUAGUGCAUAAAAUGAACAAUGAUGUCAUGCCCUCUCUUCAAGCCCUCGAUGCUUUAGUCAAGGAGAAUAAGCUUCAGGGUGAGGGGCCCGGAGGCCUCCCUCCAAAGUCUCUGAGGUACUCUGUCAACUCUAACCCAGUUGAUGAUCUGAACAAAUUUGGAAAAAACAUUGCUGGCAUGUGCCAGGGGCUUCCCACAUAUGUGGCUGAAGAGAUUCCAGGACCAAAAAUGCCUUUUUACUCAGAAAAGUGCUACGAUGCUAAUAUAUUCUGGAUUCUGAACAUUUACUUCUGUGGAUUAGAAGUACAAAACUAA